CCCCACCAUGCCAAGCCUGCCAAAUAUGUGGAUCCUAUGUUUUUCUGUUUAUAUCGGCCCAAACACCCAAUACAUCCGAUAGUGUGUUACAAUUUGAUACCGAAGGAUUCAGCAAGAGGUCUGGAAUGCCAGAAAAGGAAGUUCUGGUGCAGGCCAUUUCCGCUGACAGAAGCGAUGAAGCUGAACUGUCUUUCCAGUUCACCAAGGAGGAGCAUGCACAGGGAUGGCGGCAGGCCAUGGCACUGUACUGGCCAGCCAUCGGCUGGGGCCUGUUCAUGAACCUGGCCACCGUUCUCAAGGGCAUCGACGGCGCGGUAGUGCGCAGUCUUGUCGGGCUACCGAUUUUUAAAGAGACGUACGGCUACGAGCGCAACGGCGAGUACCUCAUCGCAGCUCAAUGGCUAUCAGCCUUCAACUACGCCAACCUGUUGGGGGCCAUCGUUGGUGCACUAUUGUCAGGCGUGGCCUACGAACGGUUUGGCCCGCGCGUCAUGAUCGCCGUCUGCUGCGUCUGCUCCAUCGCAUUCAUCUUUAUCCAGUUCUUCAGUCACACCCCGGCGCAGCUGUUUGUCGGUGAGCUCGUCAACGGCUGCAUCAUCGCCUUCUACCCAAUAUGCGCUUCCGCCUACGUCGCAGAGGUCACGCCGCUCGCUCUCCGCGGUUUCGCUGCCACCAUGACGAAUCUGGGCUUUUCGAUCGGGUCACUUGUCGCGUCGGGCAUUCUCAAAGGUACCGAGUCCAUGGCCUCACACUGGUCCUACAAGAUCCCUAUCGCGACGCAAUGGGUUUUACCCGCCGUCGUGCUUGCCCUGGUGGGAUUCUGUCCCGACCCGCCCUACUGGCUGUGCCGUCGCACUCCCGACGAUACCGCGGCUAUCUCCUCCCUGCGCCGUCUCGCGGCGUCCAACGUUGACGUGACGAAGAAGCUGGCCCACAUCCGCGAGACAAUCCGCCUUGAGGAUAGUCUAAGCCAGAGCAACCACCGCCCCAGCUACCUCGACUGUCUCCGAGGCGCCGACCUCCGCCGCCUUGUUAUCUGCGUGAUGGCGUACGACAUGCAAGCGUGGACCGGAAACGUGUUCUUCAUCAGCUACGCCGUCCACUUCAUGGAGCUCGCAGGACUGGAUUCCUCGGACGCCUUCUCCAUGAACCUGGGCCUAACAGCCCUGGGUCUAGCAGGGACAUGCAUCUCGUGGACGCUGCUCCCGCGAGUCGGUCGACGCACAAUGUACCUCAUUGGAUGCUCCGCACUCGCCGUACUGCAGUUUGCCAUCGGCGCGGUGGACGUAUCCUCACAGAGCAGUAGCGGCACAUGGGCGCAGUGCGCACUGAUGGUCGCGUGUACCUUCGUGUACGACCUCAGCCUGGGGCCGUUCUGCUACGUGCUUCUCGCGGAAGUGUCAUCUGUGCGACUACGCGGGUUGACGAUUGCACUGGCGACGGUGACGUGCUUCGUGUGGUCGAUUGUGUUCACGGUGGUAAUUCCGUAUGCGAUGAACGCGGACCAGGGCAACUGGCGCGGGAAGAUCGGGUUUCUGUUUUCGGGACUGAGUUUUCUGUGUUCAGUGUAUUGCUACUGGUGUUUGCCCGAGACGAAGGGGCGCACUUUUGAGGAGCUCGAUGUGCUGUUUGAGCGGAAGGUGCCGAGUCGGAAAUUUGAGGAUUAUAAGGUGGGCAUUGAUGUUGGGGGGAGGCGGUUGGAAGAGUGAUUGGGAGGUUUCCCGUCGAUAACGAUGCUAUACCAAGACAUCAAACUCGAAAUGGUAUGUAUACCACGCGUGGGGGUCACGAGACCAGCCAACCCUAAUCCAUGACCCUUGCGUGUCUAGAUAUCCUGUUUUAUAUCAACAGAACACCCCACGAGAUAUACUAGUCUAGUGCUAUCAACCUAGCGAUACGCCUGAGCAGAAAAAUUAAUCAUUGGGGUAUAUACGAUGACGCUAUAAUAUAACAAGAGGCCAGUCCAACGAAGAAACAAAUCCAACCCGUCGGACACCCAAACCCCUAACAGGUCCCACAAACUCUCCCCUUAUUCAUACUCCCAACAUCAGAAUAAUCUCGUCUCGCAUCCUCUGCACAAGCCUCUUGCACCCGAUUAACAUGAUCGACAGUAUCGAUUGCAUCCGCGAGUGUCUGCCAAUCUUGUGCGGUGUUGCUCGUGCUGCUGCUGCUGCUGCUGCUGCUGCUGCCAGUAAUAGCAUUAUUUCUCGCAUU